AGCGAGCAGCGCCAAUUUUAGAACGCGCGGAUGGAGAAGGGAAAUAAAGUGCGUCAGUGUUGAAAUAAGCGCAAAGUAAAUAUGCAUUUAAACACCGCCACUGCUGUGGUCUGUCUUUUAUGCGCUGUUCUGGCAGUUGCAGAUUCAGAAACGUGUGAAGUGUGUGUGGGAUUUUUAGAGCGUCUCUACAGGUCCUUGGUGGUCACUCACAAGGAACUGUCCUCAGCACUUGUAGAGGAGGAGCUUAUGAAAGCAUGUGCUGAAGCUACAGGAAAAGAGAACCGAUUGUGUUAUUACCUCGGAGCCUCCAGUGACGCAGCAGCGAAAGUGACAGGUGAGGUGAGUCGCCCUCUCAGUGCGCAUGUCCCAGUGCAGAAGAUUUGCCAACGACUCCAGCACAGAGACCAGCAGAUCUGUGAACUCCAAUAUGAGCAUCAAAUGCUGGACUGGAGUCGAGCGACUCUGUCUAAGAUGCGGGUGCUUGAGCUGAAGCGAGUGUUGGCCUCGUGGGGAGAAGAAUGCCAUGGAUGCCUGGAAAAGACUGAAUUGAUCAAUCUUAUCCAGGAGGUGGCCCCCAAGCACAGCCCACCUCAGCCUGGGACACAUUCGUCUGAACUCUGAGGGCCUCCUGGUGAAGCUCAAUGCUGAGGACCUGCAGUGCAGAUCUGAGAGGAAUCUCCUUGUACUGCUCUGAGCUGAUAAAACAUUGUUAUACAUGAAGUUCUGUGUUGUGAGUGUUGCAAUUUCAAUCCUGAGAUGGUUUCAUUCAGCUGUAGAGCUUUAACAAUAUAUGAAGCAGUUUCAGUGUAUUGGAUCUGAAGAACUGCUGACCGGUUUUCUGACCUGCAUUUUCUUCAUGAAUAAAACAGAGGAAGCACUUGA